GUUCGUAUGGGAUUCGAAUCAAAUGAAAUCACUGGUUCACUUGUUUUGUGAUGUGUAUCUGUAUGUAUAUAUGUGUAUUUGGGUAUUCCAGUAUAUUUGUGUAAUUUGGGAUUUGAGCUUUUGGGUUUCGUGGGUCAUGCUCAAUCAUGAGAAAUCUGGGGAAAAGAAAACAAAAUGGUAUAGCUGUUUCUAAUGCUCAACAGGAUUGAAGGCAACUAUUGAUUUUUGGAGUUAUUUAAAUGUUGUAGCUUGUUAUUUGUCACAACAACUUGAUGCUUUAGUUUUUGGAAAAGUCAAAUGGAAGAAAUUCAGACUCAAUCUGAUAACUACAGAUCGUCAUCUUCAUCCGCGAGUAGUCCGGCAAGUAGGGUUCCAUCAAGCAAUUUUUUCUAUCUGCGCAAACCCGGUUCGCUUAGACAACCGAUAUCCUUUGAGGAUUCACCAGAUUGGGAUGACACCGAUAUUGAAGCUAGGGUGGAGGAAGGAGGUGACUCAAUUAAUGCUGCAACCACUCCGGCCUCACCCUCUCUUUCAAAGAUUAAUAGCGGGUCAUUGCCAUCCCCACCUUUACCAGAAGGUGCUGUUGUUGCAAGAAAGAUUGCUGGGGCAUCAGUUGUGUGGAGGGACUUGACUGUUACUAUAAAGGGAAAAAGAAAGUAUUCUGAUAAGGUUGUGAAGAGCUCGAAUGGUUAUGCAUUACCAGGCACAAUGACAGUUAUUAUGGGUCCUGCCAAGUCUGGGAAAUCGACACUAUUGAGAGCUCUUGCAGGAAGGUUGCAUGAUUCGGACAAAAUGUAUGGUGAGGUGUUUGUGAGUGGGGAGAAAUCACGUUUGCCAUAUGGGUCAUACGGAUUUGUUGAUAGGGAAACCACACUUAUUGGAUCCCUAACUGUGCGUGAGUUCCUUUACUACUCGGCGCUGCUCCAGCUUCCUGGUUUCUUCUGUCAGAAAAAGAGUGUAGUAGAGGAUGCCAUCCUUGCUAUGUCACUGGGUGAUUAUGCAAAUAAACUCAUAGGUGGCCACUGUUACAUGAAGGGUCUUCCUAAUGGUGAGAGAAGGCGUGUCAGUAUUGCUCGGGAGCUUGUCAUGAGACCACAUAUUCUCUUUAUAGAUGAGCCUCUUUAUCAUCUUGACAGUGUGUCUGCACUUCUGAUGAUGGUUACGUUGAAGAAGCUUGCAAGCACAGGUUGCACUCUUAUAUUUACCAUCAACCAGAGCAGCACAGAAGUAUUUGGCCUCUUUGACCGGAUCUGUCUGCUUUCAAAUGGAAACACCUUGUUUUUUGGAGAGACAUUAGCUUGUUUGCAGCACUUUGCAAAUGCUGGAUUUCCUUGCCCAAUUAUGCAAAGUCCUUCAGAUCACUUUUUACGUGCAAUAAAUACAGACUUCGACAGGAUCAUUGCAAUGUGCAAAAAUUGUCAGGAUGACCAGGGAGAUUUUUCAUCUGUAAAUAUGGACACUGCUGUCGCAAUACGUACCCUUGAAGCAACUUAUAAAUCUUCAGCGGAUGCUGCUGCAGUUGAGACUAUGAUACUAAAGCUCACUGAAAAGGGAGGUCCAUCUCUCAAAAGCAAGGGGAAGGCAAGCAAUGCUACGCGAAUUGCAGUUUUGACUUGGAGAUCCUUAUUGAUUAUGUCAAGGGAGUGGAAAUACUACUGGCUUCGGCUGAUUCUCUAUAUGCUUCUUACACUAAGUAUUGGUACAGUAUUUUCUGGACUAGGGCAUUCCUUAUCAUCUGUUGUGACUAGAGUUGCCGCGAUAUUUGUAUUUGUAUCUUUUACUUCACUUCUAAGCAUUGCUGGACUACCUGCACAAAUGAAAGAAAUGAAGACAUACACCUGUGAGCGGUCAAACCAGCAUUCGGGGGCAUUGGUUUUCUUACUUGGGCAGCUUCUCUCCAGUAUCCCGUUCUUGUUCCUUAUCUCCAUUUCAUCCGGUCUUGUCUUCUAUUUCCUCAUAGGGCUCCGAGAUCAGUUCAGCUUGUUGAUGUACUUUGUGCUGAAUUUCUUCGCGUGCCUUUUAGUAAAUGAAGGACUAAUGCUGGCUGCUGUUGCCAUUUGGCAAGACAUAUUUUGGAGUGUCUUGACUUUGGUGUGCAUACAUGUGUUACUGAUGCUUUCGGCUGGCUAUUUCAGAAUUCGAAGUGCUUUGCCAGGACCAGUAUGGAUGUACCCAAUAUCGUAUAUUGCUUUCCACACUUACUCUAUCCAGGGGCUAUUGGAGAAUGAGUACAUCGGGACUUCCUUUGCAGUCGGGCAGGUAAGGACCAUCUCUGGUUAUCAGGCUCUUCAAAGCACAUAUGAAAUAUCUCCCAACAGUAAUUCUAAGUGGGAAAAUUUACUGGUGUUGUUCCUAAUGGCGGUUGGGUACCGUAUUCUUGUGUUUGUUUUGCUCCAAUUUCGUGUUGGAAAGAACUUAUCUGUGUGUAGAUUUUUUCAGUGUAAUCAGAACACAAACAAUGCAAGAUGAAUGAAAGUACCGUCUGUAUCUUUUGGUUGUUUCAGAUUUUACAAGUAGGUAAAGAAAUCUGGAAUGGAAUAUGAGUGCAAGUUUCUGAGAUUUUCUGAGGCUGGUGAAUAUAAAUUUAUGCCUAAUUUAGGCAUUUGAUAUUGGGAAGUUGUCUGAGAUGUUCUAAAUAAGUGUAUUUUUUGAGUUUUUAUGAAAUAUGAGUUGUGUUUGAAGUGA